UCCUCUCUCUGCCUCCAAUCCCGUUCCCAAUCUCUCUUCAUCUUUGCACAAUCUGCCAAAUGUGCGGCUCUGCUCUUCUUUCCCUAUCUCCAUCUCUGUGCCCCCCACUCAUAGAUUCCCAUCAUAUUUUCCUAUAAAACAACACAAUGACAGACAGCAAACCAAACCAAGACAGACUGAGAGUGAGAGGUUCACAAUCAAACCCAGCAACUCUUGCAUUCCAUAAAUUGCCUCUCAUGCCAUAAUCUUUUCCCAGAACUACUGUAAGGAAAAGAGCGUCUUCUCUUUCUUUUUUGUUUGUUUUAGUUCUCUCUUUCUAUUGCUUCAAUGGCGGAGACGAAGAGGUACAUUUCAAAACAAGAGCUUGAGAAGCACAAGGUACCUGGAGAUCUGUGGAUCUCUAUGCAGGGAAAGAUCUACAAUGUCUCAGAUUGGACUAAGGAUCAUCCUGGUGGUGAGGCGCCAUUGUUGAGUCUGGCUGGUCAAGACGUCACUGACGCGUUCAUCGCGUAUCAUCCAGGCACUGCCUGGAAAUAUCUCGACAAGUUCUUUACUGGGUAUUAUCUGCAAGACUACUCUGUCUCCGAGGCGUCAAAGGAUUACCGGAGACUUGUUGCUGAGUUUUCGAAAAUGGGUUUCUUUGAAAAGAAGGGGAACGUUACUUUAUUUACCAUUUUCUUGGUCGCAUUGCUGUUUACAGCGAGUGUUUAUGGCGUUUUGUGCUCUGAGAGCACCUGGGUUCAUCUAAUCUGUGGUGGGUUAAUGGGGUUUUCUUGGAUACAGAGUGGGUGGAUUGGGCAUGACUCUGGGCACUAUCAGGUCAUGAGCAGUCGUGGAAUGACCCGAGUUGCACAGGUUCUCUCUGGGAAUUGUCUUGCAGGGAUCAGUAUUGCGUGGUGGAAGUGGAACCACAAUGCUCAUCACAUCGCCUGUAAUAGUCUCGAUUUCGAUCCAGAUCUGCAGCACAUUCCCUUUUUGGCGGUAUCUCCCAAAAUUUUCAGUUCUUUCACAUCCUAUUUUUAUGACAGAAAGAUAAAUUUUGACUCUUUUGCUAGAUUCUUGGUUAGUUACCAGCAUUGGACAUUUUAUCCUGUCAUGUGUCUUGCCAGGCUUAAUCUGUUUGCCCAAUCUUUCGCUCUGUUGUUGUCUAAGAGAAGAGUUUCGAAUAGGGGUCAAGAGAUUUUGGGGAUCCUUAUGUUUUGGAUUUGGUAUCCGUUGCUUGUUUCCUGCUUACCCAACUGGGGAGAGAGAGUAAUGUUUGUUCUUUCCAGUUUUACAGUUACUGGAAUUCAACAUGUUCAGUUCUGUUUGAAUCAUUUUUCGUCUAAUGUUUAUAUUGGUGCUCCUACUGGGAACAAUUGGUGUGAGAAGCAGACUCAGGGAACACUUAACAUCUCUUGCUCUCCUUGGUUGGAUUGGUUCCAUGGUGGACUGCAGUUUCAGAUUGAGCACCAUUUGUUUCCUCGCUUGCCUCGAUGCCAUCUGAGGACAGUCUCACCAUUUGUCAAGGACUUGUGCAAGAAGCACAAUUUGCCUUACAAUUGUGCUUCAUUCUACAUGGCCAAUGUUAUGACGAUUGGUACUCUUCGCGCUGCAGCGUUGCAGGCCCAGGAUCUAUCCAAUCCAGUGCCGAAAAAUCUAGUGUGGGAUGCUGUCAACACUCAUGGAUGAGAUAAACCUAGAGUGAAGCUCUCUAUGCUGCGGUUAGCUGCACCAAUUUGACAUCCUGAUGCGGUAAGGGAUUGGUUUCGUUGCUGAGUAAUUUCAUAAAGUAUUAUAUUUUAAUAGCAUAAUUAUAUGUACUUUGAGUAUUAAGGAUGUUGAUGUUCAUCUAGUCAUUUGUUAUUUGCUUGGAAUGGUGAAACAGAUGGAUGGAUGUAAGAUUUGAUGAUUUGAUUUUUCAUGCAAUUCAAAAUUUGAACUUUCAAAAAUAAAACGAUCAAGAUCAAGUCCUGUUAG